AUGACAGCUGCCCGCAAGGCCUGCCGCCGCCGCCGCGUGCUGGUCGACGGCGCCACCAGCGGCUGCGGUGCACAGGUGUGUGUGGGGCAGCUGCUGCAGGUCUUGGAGCCGGUGGAGCAACCAGGCAGCUUCUCGACAGAUCCUCAGCAGCGGGGGCAGCGCAGGCCGCGCGCGACGCCGCCGCCCCCAGGCAUCCACAUCCCAAUCUUAUUUGAUGACGACUACAUCACUGCGGUGGUCAAGCCCUGGGGCAUCAAGUGCCACGGCUAUGGGUCGCACCACCUGGCUGCCUAUGUGCGCGCCCUCGUGCCGCCCAGCAACCAAGCUGAGGCGCUGCCGGGCGGCGCCCACCCCGCGCACCGGCUGGACCAGCUGACCGGGGGCGUCAUGCUCUUCGUCAAAACGCGGCCGGCCGCGGCGGCGCUGGCGCGCCAGUUUGAGGCGAGGCACGUGCGCAAGCAAUACCGCGCGCUGGUGGCGGGCCGUCUGGACGGGCCGCCAGGCGGCGGCCCCAUCAUCAUAGACCACCCCGUUGAGGGCCGCCCCGCGCACACAGAGGUCCGCGUCGCCUCCCACUCGCGCUGCCUGCGGUACGGCGGCUGGAUCACCACCGUGGACCUCGUGCCAAGGACGGGACGGCGCCACCAGCUGAGGCGCCACCUGGCGAUCUGCCUCGGGCACCCCAUCCUCGGGGACCCGCUGUACACCCGUUGGGCCGGCGGCGCGGCAGGGGAGGCGGCGGCGGAGGCGGCGCUGAUGGCAGCGCCGCCGGACGAGCUGCGAGCGCGGAUGCAGGCAGCUGACGGCGGCGGCGGCGGCGGCGAAGGCAACGAAGUGGAGCUGCUCAAGGGGUGGGGCAUGGCGCUGUGGGCGGGGGCGAUCGAGCUGGAGCACCCCGUGACCGGCGAGGACAUGAGCUGGUCGCUGCCCGAGCCGGCGCGGUUUGAGAAGCUGCGGGCGCAGCAGGCGGCGCGCUGGGAAAAGUUUUAUGGCGUGGGCGCAGUGGAUGGGGCCCCAAGCUCUCCAGAACGCGUGUCACCCUCGCUGUAA